AUGGCCCCCCCGCCUAAGGGCCCCCCCGCCCGCAAGCUGCUCUGCAUGUGCAGCCUCUCGCUCUGCCUCACCUACGCCUGCUACAGCCUCAUGGGCGGCCCCGGCGCCCUCCCCUCGUCCCCGCUCGCCCCUCAGGGCUCCCCGCUCAGCCCCUCUGCCGCCGACACCCCUGCGCCGCACAACGGGAGCCCCGCGUGGCUACGUACCCCUUCGCCGCCCUCUGUCUCCGAGGCCACCGAGCCCAGCCGCGCCUGGACCGAGACAGACCCACCCUCAGCCAGCAGCCCCAGCAGCGCCCCGGACCGGGACCUCGGUGUUAGCAGCGCCAGCAGCAGUAACAGUGCCAGUGUCGCUGUAGCCGCGGGCUCCGAAGCUGCCGCCUCCGCUGCCGCUGUCACCGCCACGCCGGACUACGGGGAGAAGCGGCUGCCGCAGGCGCUCAUUAUCGGCGUGAAGAAGGGGGGCACCCGCGCCCUGCUGGAGGCGCUCCGAGCGCACCCCGACGUCCGCGCCGUGGGCACCGAACCCCACUUCUUCGACCGCAACUACGAUAAGGGCCUCGACUGGUACAGGGAUGUGAUGCCCAAGACCCUGGAGGGCCAGCUCACCAUGGAGAAGACACCCAGCUAUUUUGUCACCAACGAGGCCCCCAAGCGCAUCCACUCCAUGGCCAAGGACACCAAGCUGAUUGUGGUGGUCAGGAACCCCGUCACCAGGGCCAUCUCCGACUACACCCAGACGCUCUCCAAGAAGCCUGAGAUCCCCACCUUUGAGGUGCUGGCUUUCAAGAACCGGACUCUCGGGCUGAUCGAUGCCUCUUGGAGCGCCAUCCGCAUUGGGAUCUAUGCCCUGCACCUGGAGAGCUGGCUCCAGUACUUCCCGCUCUCCCAGAUCCACUUUGUCAGCGGGGAACGGCUCAUCACGGACCCUGCCGGAGAAAUGGCCAAAGUGCAGGACUUCCUGGGCCUCAAGAGGGUGGUGUCGGAGAAAUAUUUCUAUUUCAAUAAGACCAAGGGGUUCCCUUGCCUGAAGAAGCCGGAGGACAGCAGCGCCCCCCGGUGCCUCGGCAAGUCCAAGGGCCGAACUCACCCCAAAAUUGAUCGGGAUGUAAUCCAGAGGCUCCGAAAAUUUUACAAGCCCUUCAAUGUCAUGUUUUACCAAAUGACGGGCCAGGAUUUCCAGUGGGAGCAGGAAGAGGGGGAUAAGUGA